AUGGGCCCAGCCAUAGCCAGCCUCUUGACGCCGCGGUACUCUGUAACUACCCCCGUAUUCGCUAUGCACCGCUGUCUAGGAAUUCCCGAAAUCCAAUCGAAUAUAUCUGGUAUUCUUCAGGAUAAGGACGAAGUUGGAUUGGCCAGAUGGGCAGGGACUUGUCGCCUAUUCCACAAGAACGCGAUUCCCCAUCUAUGGAGAAACAUACCUGGGCUUUACGUGAUAGCAAACCUUCUCCCGGAUUGUUUCUCGGAUUUUAAUGGGGAACUGUUCUUGAAGGAGAAUGCGCCAAUCUCAAAACAUCUCCCGCGACUCCGAGAACAUACGAACUACGUGAAGCUAAUCUCUUACUAUGAAGCACGUUACGACGACGUAGACAUAGAUCCCCCUAUGUUGCACUGGUCGGCCUUGCACUUGCUGCUCGAAGACCACCUUUCCUUGCUUCCGCUGUUUCCAAAUGUCCAAGAGGUGGUCAUCCCGUUCUUUCAAGAGAAAAAAAAGGAAACGAUAUUUUACUCCGCCUUCUUAACAUCGCCCAACCUUCGAUCCGUGACCGUGUUGACGGACGAGGUCUUUGACAUUUAUGGGAUCAACAAAACAGCGUCAAACCGAGAAGAUGCCCACGUCAUUUCACUUGUGACCCAUCUGUCUUCCUUUGCACCAAAUCUACUGUCCUUUGGAAUCGACGGUCCUUAUCAUGAGCAACCGGUAUGGGAACGUCACACGGCCAUGAAUUGCUUGAACGGCGUGCUCCCAUCGUUUUCUGACGCUCUCCGCUCACUCCACAUCAUUCACCUUGCCGUAAAUGACACAGACAUCGCCACUUUAUCCCGCCUUCGAGGACUCGAGGAGCUCGAGUUCCUAAUCAAUGAAGCGACCUUUGACGCACAUUCGCCACACCCCCCUUCACCGUCUCCUGGUUUUCCGGCGCUCAGAUCUCUCGACAUUAUGAUCACGGACGCGACUGCAUCAACCACAUUCUUCUGUUCAUUCGAAAUCCCGCAUCUACAAAGUCUUUCGAUAACUUACGGUUUGUUUGGAGGAGAAGAAGAACUGGGAGAUGUGAUGCGCGGUGUUUCUUGUGGUGUCGGUCACUCUUCCCUUACUUCCCUCAUGAUCCGGGAGGUUGAAAUUGAGCCAGGGUUUGGCGAAUCAGAUGGCCCUUCUGCUUUCCUCAUUGUGCCGACCACUCUUCAACCCCUCACCGCAUUCCAAAAUCUCGAAAGCUUUACUAUUACUCCUUGCCGGAUCCUGCAAGCCUUUGCCAACGAUAAUUUGGCAGAACUUCUGGAAUCGUGGCCACAAUUGGAACGAUUCUCAGUCGAGGAGGACUCCUGGUCGCACACACUAUCGGCCACGACGGUCACUUUACAAGGCGUUCAAGCUGCGGUACAGCAUUGUCCCAAACUGACCUAUCUCCAUUUUCCUUGCGACGCUCGACAGGUGCCGCCGCUGCUGGGAAGCGUGCCACCACACCCUUCCCUAGCGCAUUGGAAUGUGAGCCACUCCCCGGUACAUUCCUCGCACGACAUCGUGGAAUGGAUCCCCAAAGUCCUUCCGCAUCUGCGCAAUUUGGACUAUUUUGUCAAUGCUCGAGAGAUGCUUCGCAUCUAUUGCGACCCGCGGUGGACCGAACGCAAAAACGACUUGGAAGAGGUGCCGGAGGAUUUUUUGAUGGCAGUUAGCAAGUGGAAUGGUGUUGUUCGAGAGUUACAUCGGGCUUGGACAACCUCCGCGGUUAAGGUAGCCCAUUCGUAG